AUGGGCCUUUCUGUCUAUCUAUCUAUCUAUCUAUCUAUCUAUCUGUCUGUCUGUCUGAGCCAAAAAAUCAAUUCUUUCUUCCUUCCUUCCUUCCUUUCUUUCUUUUUUUCUUUCCUUCUUUCUUUCUCGGCCAGUUCAUAUCUAUCUAUCUAUCUCAGUCUGUUCAUAUCUAUCUAUCUAUCUAUCUUUUAUGGAGUGAGCAAGAUUUUUUCAGCACCUCCCCUCAUUUAUCACUGCAUAUCUAUAGACGAUCCUUACCUCUGCCAAUUUUUGACUCCAAAUCUGCCAAUUACAACCCAAUCCUAUCUAUUUCUGCAUAUAUCUACCGCGAUCUUUUCUUGUACAAUUUCUCUUUCUUCUUCUUUUCCUUUUUCUUUCAUUUUUUCUUUCUUUUUCUUUCUUUCUUUUUUCUUUUCGUUUUUUUGUUUGUUUACUUUUUCUAGAAAGGAAUACGCACUCGAUUCCUGUCCGCUCUCCAUUUUUCUCACCCGCUCUCUUUCUCUCUCAUUUCGCUUUUUUCAUUCUUUUUCUCUCUCACCCUUCUCUUCUUUUUUACUCUCUCUCUCUCUCUCUCUCUCUCUCUCUCUCUCUCUAUCUAUCUAUCUAUCUAUCUCCUUCACUCUCUUUCUGUGCGUGUGUGAGCGUGAGUUUGUGUGGAUUCCCCUUCGCUCUCUAUUUUUCUCACCCUCUCUCUUUCUCUCUCACUUCAAUAUUUUUUCUUUCAUUCUUUUUCUCUCUUACUUUCCCUCCCUUCUCUUCACUCUUACUCUCUCUCUCUCUCUCUUUUCCUCUCGCUCUUUCACUCUCUUUCUUUGUUUGUGUGUGUAUGUGUGUGUGUGUGUGUGA